GACCCUGCAAAGAUGAUGACUAGAUCUAGAAAUCUAGAUUCUAGAUCUGGACCAAAACAGAAAGCCAUUUACGAGCAGAACAGAGUUUGAAUCAAGUGACAACGGAACAAGCUGAGCACUACAUUUCAAGAGAGAACUAUUCGACCUGAAUGAACGUCGCCCACUAAUAACUUCUACAUUGAGUUCAUCACAACAUAGCUCAACUCAACAUGUGGCCUAUCUGUAAAUCCUAUAAAAAACAGACACCCAGGAAAAUUGUUACAGUCCCGGAGGUCAACAAGGAGACAUUUAGUUCGUUUACAACACGUUUGGGUGCCACAGGAAUUAUCGUCAACAUGUACAAGUUUCGCAGGAAUGCGAAGUCUAAAUCUACAAUUGUAUGGCGCUGCUGUACCAAAACCUGCACUGCAACUUGCAGUACUGAUCAGGAAAUGACAAAGCUGACGAGAGGACCAUCAGAACACAACCAUUCUCCUGCUGAUGAAAGUGCCAUCAACAAAGAGAGGGUUAGAGAGUCUGUGAAACGCAUAGCAGUUGAAAACUUCAACGAAAGAGCUAGCAAGAUUGUGUGCACAGAGACAAAUAAAGUUGCUGGACUGGACUACAAGGACUACAAAAACUUGAAAGAAUGUGUCUACCGAGCACGAUUAAAACAACGGCCCAGUCAACCAAUGAAUCUAGUGAAGCGUGAUGGAAAAUCUCCCGGAUGAAGUGCUGUUGUGCAUUUUCUCCAAACUUCCGCAGCCGUCAUUGAUCAUCAGUGUCCGUCGCACGUGCUGGAGAUGGUAUCGCCUGUCCCAUGAUGCAUCGUUGUGGUUAGACUUAGAUCUGUCGGUGUUCAAGUGUGGAUAUAAUCCCCAUAAAACUUCAGAAGGUGUAAAAUGUUUACUAGAAACAAUCCAGCAAAGUCUGACAAGGCUCAUGUUUGGCGACCUUGCCUUAGAAGAAGAUGUUUUUGAACUUUUUGGCUCAGCCAUCAGACAUAAAAACAAAGUCAGUUUCCCCAACUUGAAAAGCUUAGACUAUUCCUACAGUUCCGUUAACUCUCGAAGUCUGUCUGUAGGACUCACAGCCAACUCCGACAUUGAAGAGCUCAUUCUGUCAUUUACUGACAUUCCUUUUUGUCAGGCAAUGAAAGAAGCUAUCCACCUUCCUAACCUGAAGAAAUUAAUAUUUCACGACUUUCGGUCUGUUGAGUGGGAGUUUGCUCUCUCCCGCCACGUUGAUCGUGCUCCACUCAAAGCGGCUUUGAUGAUGGUCCCGAAACACUGCCCUCUACUGGAGGUGGUGGAAAUAGACACAGUGUGGUGUCACUUAGACAACGAUGUGGUACAGGAGUUCACCAAGCAUUGUCUAAAUCUCAAGAGGGCUGGUUUCACUUGGUCUUCUCAGAUAACGGAAAAUGCAUUUCAGUAUUUGAAAACAGAUUCCCAUCAAAUCACUGAGCUGGUUUUGUCAGACAGACAAGCUAGAGGGCCAUAUCUAAGUUUUGUGCUCCCUUAUUUCCCAUUAUUGCUAGAGUUAACUGUCAGUGGCCACAAUGUUAGUAUGGAAGACUGUAAAGCAAUAGGAGACUGUUGCCCUCUUCUAAAAGAACUUACCUUUGAGAGGAGUAGUGUUCACAAUGAAGGACAGAUAUUUGAUAUGCUGGAGAGGGACAAUUCUCUUUGUGGUUCAGAGCUGAAUUUAAUAACAGAUAAGUGCCAUGACCUCCGAAAGCUUCAUGCUCCAUGCUCCAACAUUGACGAUAUAAGUGUAAUGCAUUUGUCCAAGCAAUGUCCAUAUCUAGAAGAUGUCAACUUCACACAGUGCCGACGUCUGACCAGCAAGUCUGUAAGGUCCUUGUCCAAUUAUUCAUUAUGUUUGAAAAAAGUAAAUUUUAUUGAGGUAGAUGUAGAGUGUAAUGAACUUCUGGGAUUGUUCAAAAAAUGCUCCAAACUGGAAGAAGCGGUCUUUGAUUUCAAUCUGCGGACUCUCUCUAAAUCUAAAUCUCGAACUCCAUCUCCCUCCUCUUCGGAUGAGCUAUCCAUUGAUCUCACAGCUUUGGAGGACCAGGCUGCAGAUCUUUUUCCGGAUGAGACAGUGAGCUGUGAGGAAGAUAUUCCUUUAAUGGAUGUGAUGCAAUGCUCUGAAGAUGUGGAUUACUUUGAUUUACUCGACGGUCUAAAGACGCAGCAAAGACCCAAAUUAAGUGAUGCCACUACUGGCACCCUGUUUGACUACAGCAUUGUGUCUUCGCUCCCUUGCCCCAUUCCUGUCAAAGCUUUCCACUGCCACCUCCGCAAACUGUCUCUUAAGAACUGCACAUGUUCCAGCAAGAGCCUACAAGCUCUGUUUAGAGAGUGCCCAGAUUUAACGCUGGUAGCACUGGAUGACAGCACGGGCCUGGAUGAUGAGACUGUCAUCACUCUCGUCAGAUUUUGUCCCAGUCUCAGAACACUCAGCCUAUCGAGUACACCCAAAGCUUCGCAUCCUGUGUUUGGAGAUUUGGCAUUGCUGGAGAUGGCCAAGUAUAGCACUCAGCUGGAGGUGGUCAAUCUUCUGUACAACAAAAGCAUCACAACAGUAGGUCUGACCGCUCUGUUCCUGUCACUGGACACAACACUACGCUCUCUGCACUCACUCUCCCUUUGUGUUGGUCGGGGCUAUCACUGCUCUGUACAGACAGUCGUGGCCCACGGGCUCAAGCAUUUAACAGAGCGCUCAAAACAAAAUUUUAAAAGUGCUGCCGAGGGCAGGGGCCGGAGAUCUUUUCUGCUUUUGCAUUUGGAAUUUCUCAGGCAAAGAUGAUUUUUCAAGUUCUGGAAUUUUCUUUUGUUGUUGAACUGUAAUUGUGUUCAAUUUAUGAAUUGAAAAUUGUUUUUGUGAGUUCUUUGUGAUAUCUUAAGUACAGGAUGUGACGUACAGAAAAACCUCAGUAUACCGUACUCUCGGCUAUAACUUUCUUAAGAUCCAAGUCCCAUUUAGAGUAUUUUUUACUCUUUAAAAGCUAAGUCUAAAUCAUACCUGGUAAAACAUACUUUUCGCUGUAACAUAUGUUGAUGUGGUGCAAGGAGGUCAGUUUUUUUAUUGCUCAGCAGCAUCAUCACCGUCAUAAUUUCCACCCCCACCUUGUUCAUAUUCCUUCUGCAUUGUAUGAAGUCUAUAUCACUUGGAUUUGAAAUAAAGAAAAACGUCAAAACAAAAUAACAGAAACCAA